AUGGCAUCUUCAGUUAUUAAAGAGGUUUUCAAAGUCACAUCUGAUGCAGCCAAUGUCCCAUUUAACUAUACAUUAAUCGAAUUAGGUGUCACCGAUUUCUCAAAAGAUGACGUUGACUCAAUUCUUUUGUAUCAAUUGACAGAAAAUAGUCAGCUUCUACAGCCUUUUGACUAUCUUAAUGCCUCUUAUGAGCGCUAUGAAAAGCAGAGAAGGUUAAAUAAGAACCUGAUCGCAUCAGACAAAGCGAUAAGUGGAUUGUUUGAAAAUAUUGACAAAUUGAUAGUGGGUUACGGGCUAGUUACUUUCCAAGUGGAGGAUUUUGCAAUCAAUGGAAACUUCACCAACUACAUCAAAAAUAUUGUAACAAGAUCUAAUGACUACACAAAUUUUCUAUCACAUAUUAUUCGAAGAGCGAUUGUAGAAGAUUCUCUAUUGGAGUUUUUGAAUAAUUUCUUCCCUGUGCUUUUGAAUUAUUUAACCGGUCAAUUGGAGUCCUUUGACUUAAAUGAUUCUAAUAUCUACAAUAAUGUAAUCGAAAUUUUCGAACUCUUCGUUAAUUACAAACCAGUUGCCUCUAUAUUCACCCAAAUUAACACAUUUUAUCCUCAUUACAGCUGUCAGGCUAAUGAGUUUGAAAAGAAGACAUUGUUGGGUCCACUUUUAGCCCUUUCACCCUUGGCCAGCAACGUUGCCCUGCGUAACUAUGGUGAUAACUUGGAGAGAUCUAAGCAGCAAACUAAAAUAAUUCAUGAAUCUCUCCAAACCGAACAUAAAGUAGUGGUGGACAGGUUAUUUUUCAUCAUGGAUAAGAUUAUAAGAGGUUCUCUAGAGUCACGUACUGGGGUAAUCAGUUAUUGGUCUCAAAUUGUUAAUAAAAAUCAUUUAAGAAGGGGCGAGCAUGCCUCACAAGCUAAAUUAGCUUCAAAUGCCUUUAUGACAAAUAUUGCAUUAAUCUUAAUUAAAUUCUCACAGCCUUUCCUAGACGUUUCGUACAAGAAAAUUGACAAAAUCGAUGUCAAUUAUUUCAACAAUCUGAAUUUAUAUAUUGAUCUUUCCAAUGAAACUCGUCUCAAUUCUGAUUUCAAAGAAGCUGAUGAAUUUUAUGAUAAAAACAAGAAGGAUGAUGAAAAUUGUAAACCAAAUUUUAUCUCUGACUGUUUCUUUUUAACUUUAACUUACCUACAUUAUGGUAUUGGUGGUACAAUCUUAUUUGACGAAAAGAUAACAACUCAAAUCAAGAGAAUAAAAGAGGAAGUUGAAAGGGUGAAGAAAGUUAGUAACCUUAACCCAUUGUUAAAUAAUUUCAUUAAUCUUCAAGUUAAAAAUUUGGAAAAGUCGUUAAGCUUGACUUCAAGCCUGAAAUCUUCAUUACAAGGGUUUUUUUCUCAUAGAUACAUUCAAUUAGAGAUUUUCGAUUUUGUUUGUGGUGCUUCAACAUUCUUAAUGAGAGUUAUUGAUCCAAGUCACCAAUUCCCAUCCAAAGCAUUCGAUUUGCCCCUGAUCCCGGACCAGAUAGGCUUCGAAAAUGUCGAUAAUGCAGAAUAUUUGCGCUCAAAAGCACCUAUCCCAUUUAAAUACUAUCCAGAAUUUGUCGUCGAAGGCUUAAUUAACUAUACACAGUCUAUCACCAAAUUUGCAAAUUCUCCUCUUUUCCAAAAUCCAAGAUUAAGUUCAUUUGUGGAACUGGGGACUACCAUUUUGCGCUGUCCUGAAUUGGUCUCUAAUCCUCACUUGAAAGGUAAAUUAGUCCAAGUGUUGAGUAUUGGUGCUUUACCUUUGAUGGAUAAUUCACCUGGUUUUAUGAUUCCAAUAUUCGAAAAUAAUGAUUUGGUACGUAAAAACCUAUUAUAUGCAUUGUUAGAUUUUUAUGUCAUAGUGGAGAAAACAGGUUCAUCAUCUCAAUUUUACGACAAAUUCAAUGCCAGAUACAGUAUAUCGAUAAUAUUGGAAGAAUUAUACUACAAAAUUCCAAUGUAUAAGAAACAAUUAAUAUGGCAAUCCAAAAAUAAUCCAGAUUUCUUUAUUAGGUUUAUAGCUAGAAUGUUGAAUGACUUAACGUUUUUAUUGGAUGAAGGUUUAACCAAUCUAUCAGAGGUGCAUAAUGUCAGCAAUCAGUUAAAUAAUAGUACAGCGACAGAUACAAAUGAUUCGAAUAUUCAGGAUUUACAAGGUAGGUUGGCCGCUGCACAAAGGCAGGCUAAAUCAUCAUGUGGUCUUGCUGCUAAAUCGAUGACGUUGUUUCAAAUAUACACUAAGGACAUUCCAGCUGCUUUUGCAAGUGCCGAGUUGGUGGAUAGAUUGGCCAGCAUGCUAAAUUACAACUUAGAAUCACUCGUUGGUCCUAAAUGUGGUGGACUAAAAGUGAAGGAUCCUGAACAGUACUCAUUCAAUCCAAAGGAAUUAUUAGAAGCACUUUGUACAGUUUAUAUCAAUUUAUCAGAUGAGAGCGAGUUUAUUAGCGCAGUAGCCAGAGAUACUAGAUCUUUUAACAAAGAUCUAUUUAUUAGGGCUAUUAAUAUUCUUGGCAAGAAGACGGGCUUGGUAUCAGAUGAUUUUUGUAAUGCAUUAUUUGAUUUUGCAAGGAAGGCACAAGAGAGGAAGGACAGUGAAGAAGAGGAAGAUUUAGAAUAUGGAGAUGUACCUGAUGAAUUCUUAGAUCCGUUGAUGUACACUAUAAUGAAAGAUCCUGUAACAUUACCUGCAUCUAGGGUGAAUAUCGAUAGAAGUACGAUUAAAGCACAUCUUUUAAGUGAUUCUACGGAUCCUUUCAAUAGAAUGCCAUUGAAAUUGGAGGAUGUGAUUCCUAAUGAUGAAUUAAAGCAAAGAAUCCUUGAAUUUAAGAAUGGGAAGAAAAAAGAGAAGGCCAACGCCUGA